GGGGGUUGAAAGCGGACGAGGCGAUGCGAGUGCGUCGACGUGGCCGACGAGCGAUUCAUCUGACAAGGGUGGAGUCGGUGGGCGUAGAAAGAAAAGGGAGAUUACAGGACCGUGCGCGGAGGUUUCGAGCGUAUAUACAGCAACGCAUCAAAGAUGGCACCAAAGAAAAAGAGAGAAGGGAAAAAAGAAAAAAAGAAAAGAACAAAAAAAAGUUAAGUAUAACGAAUAAAACGUCGUCGGAUUGGUAUAGGCAAAGUCAAUGUUCUUGUGCGUUCUUCGAGCGCUGUGCACGCUAUGACACACUGGGCAUGCACCGUGUAGCUAGCAGCUAGUAUAGACCGUGAGCAGAAAUAUGGCUGACGGACUUGUGUUGGCCCCUUCUCCGGUGCAUAGUCGAGCCCGGUUACUUGAUCGCGACGGACGCGUGAGGAGCAGCGUCUUGUGGUCGACCCAAAGGGCUCCCAGUCGACCAUGUGCACUAGGAAGAUUUUGAUUUCGGGCCUGGCUUUGGCCUAGGUCCCCCCCACCCCAGUGAAUAUUGGCCAGCACAAUCAUCGUCGUCUUCUUCUUUCCCCCUCCCCACCUUAUUGUCUACCCAAAAGAAAAAAAAAUUUGAGAGACAUGGGUCGACUGGUUCGAUCGCGGUUAAAAGCUGGCAUCAACAUGCGACGCGACUCGUACUUUCUGGUCGUCAGCUGCACCUCGCUCCUGCUCUACGCCAUUUGUUUGUACACGUUCCUUCACUUGAACGGUUACAUUGGUGCCAAAAACUUGGUAGCCGCACCUUCUCCUUCGGCAACCGGGGCCCGUGGCCACUUGGAUCCCAACGCCGCCGAAAAGAACUCGCAGCUCUUCGCCGCCCCCUAUCUCAAGAGCCAGGCCCAGUUUGACGACGGGAAAAUCCACGAAUUCCAGCGCAACGUCGGACAUCCAGUCGACUGGGAGAUGCGGGUCAAAGAAUUGGGUAUUGAAGACAUUGGCGAGUAUUUAAGGGUGGAGCGAGAGAAAAGAGAGCACAUUCAAAUGUUGCUGGAGCAGUCCGGACCAGCCCAAACGGCAGUGACCAAGCGAGGUCCGCCGCGGAAGACGGAGCAGCGCCGGUUGCUGGCCGAAAAGCAGUUGAUGAGCGACAAACUCUUAUCGAAAGAAGAAGAAGUUCAGGGUGGCGAGGAGUCGGUGUGGCGGCGGAUAAGCCGCUCAAUCAACAGUUCCAACGUCGUCGGCCAUGCGACUGCCGAAGUGAAGAAAGCGGGAAGCAACGAGAGCGUCGUCGAGAACAAGCCGCAGCCUCUGUUCCCCACGGAUCUGUUCACGCAAGAGGAGCGCCAGCGUGGCGCCGUCGUCUUCCACGUAGCCGGCGUCGUCUACAUGUUCGUCGCCCUGGCCGUGGUCUGUGACGAAUUCUUUGUGCCGUCGCUCGACGUCAUCAUCGAGAAGCUGAACAUCCCGGACGACGUGGCCGGCGCCACCUUCAUGGCAGCAGGUGGCAGCGCCCCGGAGCUCUUCACCAGCGUCAUCGGCGUCUUCGUCUCGUUCGACGACGUCGGCAUCGGCACCAUCGUCGGCUCAGCCGUCUUCAACAUCCUCUUCGUCAUCGGCAUGUGCGCCCUGUUCAGCAAGACGCUCCUGACGCUGACGUGGUGGCCGCUCUUUCGUGAUUGCACCUUCUACAGCAUCAGCCUCAUCGCCCUGGUUCUCUUCUUCAUGGACAACUUGAUCGUCUGGUGGGAGGCGGCACUUCUCCUCCUCCUCUACGCCGCCUACGUCUCAUUCAUGCGCUGGAACGAGGAUGUCGAGAGAGUGGUCAAGCGCUUCCUCUACCGUAACACCAUGCCUCGCAUUUCUUCGACUGAUCAUCUCGUUGCUGCUAACAAUGCAAGCAACCGAGGUCCUCCAAGUCAAGUGUCGGUAAGCAGUGGCGGCGGUGGAUCUUCAGGAACCACUGGAAACACGGCUGCAGGUACGAACGUCAAUGACAGAAGUCGUGCCGCAAGUGCUGGCAUACGAGGUUCCAAGUUUCGCCAUGGACUUCUCACGUUAAUGAUUCACAGCAUUGACCCCAUGCAUGACGGAGGUCAUGUUGACGACAAGGCAAACAAAUUACAUGCCAUCGCUUCAUUGCGAGUGUUGUUGGACGCUACCAAGGAGCAGACAGUAGCCAAUGGCCGUGAUCCAAACGAAGAGUUUUCCAACACUGGGCGCUCUGAGAUGACUCCCGUCGAAUCGUUCAUCGUCAGCGAAGCAACGGCAGCGUCCGCCUCAGUUUCUGCGGCUACAGCCGUACUUACAAAAACGGAAGCCGGUGUUUCGGCAGUAGUGGAUUGUACUUCAAUGUCGAACCGACAAGAUGUUAAUGGUGCCAUUGGGGGUACCGAUGGGGCUGGUGAGGGAGGUGGUAAUGGCGACGAUGAGGUCAUCAAACCUCUUGACCUGUCUUGGCCGGAAGGAACUCGUAAACAAUUAACAUACUUAUUCCUGGCGCCCAUAUUAUGGCCACUGUGGCUGACCUUACCCGACACACGAACUCCACAGGGGAAGCGGUUCUUUGUCGUAACCUUCAUUGGCAGUAUUCUUUGGAUUGCUGCCUAUUCGUAUUUGAUGGUUUGGUGGGCUAAUUUGACCGGUGAAACGGUUUACAUACCUCCAGAGGUUAUGGGUCUAACAUUUUUGGCUGCUGGCACUUCGAUCCCUGAUUUAAUAACGUCGGUGAUCGUGGCAAGAAAGGGUUUGGGAGACAUGGCUGUCUCUUCUUCAGUUGGAUCAAAUAUUUUUGAUAUUUGCGUCGGUCUACCGCUUCCAUGGUUACUAUAUUGCAUCAUAAUCGGCAGCCCAGUGCAAGUGAGCAGUUCGGGAAUGGCCUGCUCUGUUCUCGUGCUUUUUGGUAUGCUGUGCUUUGUUGUGCUGAGCAUUGCGUGCUUCCGAUGGAAAAUGAACAAGGCCCUAGGAGUUACCAUGUUCCUAUUCUACUUUGUUUUUGUCGCCGUUUCGCUUGGAUUUGAGUAUGGUACGAUAAGUUGUCCGGUUUAGGUUAUUCUGCCGAUGAUCUUCUAAUAAUUUCUAACCGAAGUGUUUUCAUCGAAUUCAAACAGAUAAUUUUCUUGGUCUAUAAGUUUGCAUUAAAUAAGCAUAUAAGUUUUUUUUGUUAAAUAUUUAUGAGAAGUAACUUUUUGUUGGUACUAAAUGGUUGUUACAUAUUUCUUUGCGAAUUUAUUCGAUUUUCCCUUCUAUUCUUCUUGUUUGUAAAAACUAUAGAGUAACAAAGAUAAGCAGUAGGUUAUUUUCGCCACGCUCUUCCUAUUUGGCCCAUCUGCCUCUAUCUUAUUUAAUUUCCAAUACCGCCUUUUGAAAUUUCAGUUUCACAUGGUCUCAAUUUCCUGGGACA